GACUAGCUACGUUGGGGGAAAACCCAAGACAGUGCAGAAGUAGGUGUGUCUGUAACUUUUAACAUUUCUUCCAGGAAGUCGAAUUUUUGUCUUGAAGUUAAGUGUUGUCUGGUGUAACCGGGUGUAACACCAGUGUCUCCAGCCUGUUAGAAACGCGUUGAUAAGCUUUUCUUGCUGGCCGUCAUGUCGGACUCUUUGGACCGGUCCACCAAGAUCAACUUGUUGAAAGAGCCGGUUGUGAAGAAGCUCUGUGAGGUGUUGGAAAAGUCCAGCAACAGAGGAUGGCGAAAACUUGGAGAGAUAGUCGGCAAUGACAGACGUAUUAAAGUCAGCUCAAACGACAUGGAGAUGUGCUCUCUGAAGGUGUUGGAGCUGGAGGGAAGCCCGAGCCGCAUGUUGCUGAGGCUGAUGGGAGAACGAGGCUGUACCACAGGUCAACUGGUUGACUACCUCCAAACUCUCGGCAACUCAGAGGCCCUGCAGUGCCUCAGACCAUCAGCCCUUCAGAUCCUCAUUCAGCCCCAGUCGGUGGCUCUCAUAUCUGGCCACAAUCUUCGCCUGAGCUGCCACGCUGUGGGCAAAUCUCCAGUACAGUACCAGUGGUUCAAGACCAAGGAAGAGGUGCCAAACAGCUUCUCUCCAGACCUGGUGAUAAGUCCAGUCCAUCUGAAGGAUGCUGGCUUUUACAUCUGCAGGGUCAACUGUGGAGAUACUUUUGAAUUCAGCCAGUGGGCUCAGGUAGACGUCCUGAAUGUCACCAUGUCUUGCGGGCAGAGUUAUCAUUCCUUAGAGGGUCGGCUGAAGUUGGUGAUCCAGCCCCAGUCCCAGCGGCUAAAUGUUGGGGAAACCCUGCAGCUGGAGUGUGGAGCCGUGGGACGGCCGAUCCCUCGAUACCAGUGGCACAGAAAUGGAGUUCCGGUCCCCAACGCCACAAAGAGGAAGCUCACGAUUCCUCACUUGAUGCAGGAUCAGCACGGCCGGUAUCGUUGUGAGAUCAGCAGCAGCACCGAGAGAAUGUGGACCAAUGAAGUAGACGUUGUUAUCGCACCGAGGAUAUCUGUCCAGAUUUCAGUGGCAACGGAGUGCUCUGAAGAUGAUGUUUACGCCAUUGGAGGAGGUUCCAGUGAAUUGUUCCUAAAUAGUAUUCCAGAACAACUUUAUGCGACUGACAAAGUGGCCCUGCUGAUCGGCAAUCUGUCUUACCAGAACCACCCGCAGCUCAAAGCUCCCAUGGUGGAUGUGUACGACCUCACCAACCUCCUGCGACAGCUAAACUUCCAGGUGGUUUCACUGCUGGACCUCACAGAGCAAGAGAUGAGAAACGCUGUCGACGAGUUCCUGUUGCUGCUUCACAAAGGAGUCUAUGGUCUGCUGUACUACGCUGGUCACGGAUAUGAGAACUACGGAAACAGUUUCAUGGUGCCGGUAGACGCACCAAACCCGUACCGGUCAGCCAACUGUUUAUGUGUGCAGAGCAUCCUAAAACUGAUGCAGGAGAAGGAGACGGGCCUCAAUGUUUUUCUGCUGGACAUGUGCAGGAAGCGGAAUAUUCAUGAUGACAGCGCUCCAAACAUUGUCCUAAGGGUUACGGCCAACAUUGUCUUUGGAUACGCUACGUGCCAGGAUGCCGAGGCCUUCGAGCUGAGUUCCAGCGGCUUCACCAACGGCGUGUUUGUGAAGUUUUUAAAGAAGCGGCUGCUAGACGAUGAGAAGAUCACCGUGGUGCUGGACAGAGUCGCUGAGGACAUGGGUCAGUUUGACGCUACGAAGGGGAAGCAGGCUCUAGAGAUCCGCAGUAGCCUGUCGGAGAGGAGAGCUCUGAGCGAUCCUAUCCAGCCCGGCGACAGCGCUGAUCUUGCUCACGCUCGCAGCCUCCAGUGGUCAAAGACUCACGAGCUUCCUGAGAGUAUGUGCCUCAACUUUGACUGCGGGGCUCAGAUCAAGUUGGGCUUCGCUGCAGAGUUCUCCAACGUGCUCGUCAUUUACACUCACAUCAUUAAGAAGCCCGAGGACAUGUCCCUCUGCCAGGCUCACGUCACCGACUUCUCACAGGACCUUGAUGUGGAUCCUAAAGAGAUGAACAGAGAGACUCCAGAGGAGACGGGCAUCUACCUUCUGUCCAGCAACCUGCCGCAGCACUGUCUUUACACUAGAGUCAGCUCACUGCAAAAACUCAGGGAGGAGCUGGUCUUCACUGUGUGCCUUCAGGGCACCUUCACCGCCAUGGAUGACGAAUCCGUCCACUGGACCAAAAGCAUCAACAUUGGCAAGCCGCUGAUCGCACGACUGGACCUGAACCGGGCCAUGCGGCGAAAUAGCUGCAUGCAGACAUGCGGGAUGCCUCACAGCCCGUCCCACAGCCCCUGUCACAGCCCCGGGCCAGAACACCACCUCCACCUCCAUUACGGGUCGCACCAGGCCCAGGACUACAGCCGCCUGUCACCACAGCACCACUACCUGGACGUCUACGAGCGUGUUCAGGGUGCAGUGGGAGGCUGUGGGGAUUCCUUCUAUGACCUCAGCAAGUCUCGCUAUGAACCUGCGUAUGACUCAGCUGCUGGGCUUUCAAGCUCACCAGGCCGGCUCAGCAUCCCUAUAGAGACCACUGACGACAUCAACGAGCUGCAGACGGUGUUCAUCAACAGUCUGCAGCUUCAGCAGCCGUGAAAAUGUCUAACAUUGUAUCUAGAUUGUAUUGUAUACUGCUGCUAUUUCUGUUACGUGUGGUGACUUAAUAAGAUUUUUAUUUUUUUUUAUAUUCUUCCACUUAAAAGCAUUAUUUGCCUCGACAAACUGAAUUCACACAUACAUUAUAAUCAUGUUAUUAAAGAUACUGGAUGCUAAUAGUCAAGAUCACAGUUCUGAUUUUUCUUCAGAGCUGGAUAUGUACCUCAUACAAACAUUUGUUUAUAAAAAUAUGAGCCAAAUGUGCACAUUUGGUCUAAGAAACAAUCUGCAGUCAGAGGAAAGUGAGGCUGGAGGAGCUCCCUCUGCUGUACAGUUAGAAUACACCAUCAGCAUAAUUUUUGUAAUAUACAACCAGAGGAGAGAAAGUCAUGGUUAAAAAUAAAAAUAAAAAACUAUUAAAAGAUUUCAUCCACUUUACACAAAGCUUUUCUUCUGUUAUUGUAUCUUGUAGCUGUCCCCCCUCAGGAUGGCAGUAGAUGGCCUCUCUAUAAGGACUUACUUCUCCUCCACCAGCUGCUCCUCUCAACUCUCUGGACCUGCUUACCGUACCUAAUGUCAGCAGCGCCUCUUAUAUCCUUGUUUGUAUCUUCAUCUGCUCCUUACUGUGAAAAGAAAAAGAAAAGAGUUCCACUCAGUGAGUUUCCUGCUGGGAUUUAAGGCGUUGUUCGCUAUCCCCCACAAGUUCAUAUUGCUGCUUUUAGAUUGUCCACUGCACACUUGAUUAGCAUUGUAAUAUAUGAAUGUAAAAUAAGAGUACAGCAAAAGUAACUUUAGGUCACUAUGAAACCCCGUGGGCCAGUAAGCACAGACAUAACAUGCUUCUUCCCAGUCCUAAUGUAUAUUCAUUUCUACAUGUGACAAUGUGGGACAUAAAGUAUUAAUCGCUUUACAUAAAAAAAAACUGUCUGUGCCAGGAUAUCCCACACAGUGACAAAAACAGCCAACCCUGCAUAAUACAGCAUGAGCAGAAAAAUAGCUUACACCUCUUUUGCUUUUAUGCAGUAAUUAUUCUCAUGAGGUAAUUUUAGUUGUUAGAGGAACAACUUAUAAAGAAACUGGAGGAUAGAGAAUAAGAAGUUGACAAAUAACUGUAAAGACAGAACGGAAAUUAGUAAUGAAAUAAUGUGGAAAGAAUAGAGAAUGGUACAAAAACAGUAUGCUAGUCUAGUAAAGAAAUUGAUUACAAAUAACCUUAAUCGAAGGAGCGUGUGAGAUGUGUGCAUAUCAAUGGUGCAUUUGACACUUUUUUAGCCUGUGCAUCCAGGACCCAAUACAUGAGGGUGUUAAACUCAGUGUUAUUAUAAAUAUUGCUUAUAGGGGUUGUUUCAUGUGGUGGAAAGAGGGCUGGAGUAUCCUACGAAAGCACAGUUACUCAAGUAGAUGUGAGAUUACUUUUGAUGAAAUCUGCCUAAGAAAAUUAUCUCUUUUAAAAUCUACUCUCCUUUAUAAACAUGGAGUACAUUAUUUAAAAUCUACUUAAACAGAAUUUCUGGUUUGAGUAUGCUCU